GCUGUAUAAGGACUACGGUCGGCACGCACCACGUGUGGAGAAAGAGAGCUGAAGGGAUAAAGUUCUGCUUAUAUUUUUCAUUAUUUCGACAUGAUUUAACCCCCUAAGAUGGCAGAAGCUACUCCAAGUCAAUUGUUCCCUCACGUUUUGAAAUAUUUAAUUCAAAAUAAACUUGAAAAGGCAGCAAAAUGGUUCAAAAAGGAAACCGGAACGCGCGUUCCUGAUAGUGGUCAGCCAUCAAUUAUGGAUUUCUACAAGUCUUGGUGGAAGGAAGAUAAGACAUCCACCAAAAGGAAAGCAGAGAGUAGCCAGGCAGCUUCCAGUGGACAAUCAAAAGCCAAGAAGCCUCGGAAGAGUGAAGCUAGCAGUAGUGAGUCGAGUUCAGAUGACAGUGAUGAUGACGAACCUGCAACUGCGAAGAAGGCGCCGGUUAAACAAGUUGCAGCCAAGACCUCGGCACUGAAAAGAAAGAAAGAGGAGUCAAGCUCGGAGGAAUCGAGCAGCGAAGAAGAAUCAACAAGUGCUUUGCGGAAGAAAGUGCCGACAGUGACUCCUGCCAAAAAACAAAAGGAGGAAAGUUCGAGCAGUGAGGAGGAAUCUAGCGACGAUGACGACGCAAAGCCUGCAAUCCCUUCAAAAACGGUUGCAAAGAAAAAACAGGAAUCAAGCAGUGAGGAAAGCUCAAGUGAUGAGGAAGAAGCGUCUGCUCGUAAUAAUGUCCCAGUAAAUAAAACAACAAAGCAACAAAAAGCGGUUUCUAGUUCUGACUCGGACUCUUCCUCUACCGACGAAGAAGUGGUGAAACAGAAUGCAGCAAAGUCAAAAGCUAGAAAGGCUGUGAAAGUAGCAGCAAAGUCCAAACCAGCUGAGUCUAGUAGCUCAGACAGCGAUUCGGACGAAGAUGAAAAGCAACCACAAAAGCCAAAACAGACACAGAAAAAGGCAAUUAAAGCAAAAACAGUCAAAAAAACAGAAUCCAGCAGUUCAGAUAGUGAUGAUGAAAGUGAUGAUGAUGUUGCCCCAAAACCCCAAAAGGUUGCCACACCCACUUCAAAGACAUCUGUUGGUGCUUCAAAGGAAUCAGGAACGUCGGAUAGUGAUAGUGACUCAGAGGAAGAAGCUCCUAAGAAAGUGAAACCAACUGCAAAGGUCACUCCGAAGGCCACUGCCAAAAAGACUGAGUCAUCUGAAUCCUCUGAAAGUGACUCUUCAGAUGAUGAAGGUGAUGCCAAAUCAAAAACUACAACAAAAAGUGCAGGUGUAACUACAAGUAGAGCCAAAGCACCUCGUGCAAGUAGUUCUGAUAGUGACUCAUCGUCCGAUGAAGAAUUCACCAAAGUGAAACCAUCUCCAAAGGUAACUAAAGUCACCCCUAAAACGAAUUCUGCGACCAAGAAGGCUGCCUCAAGCAGUUCUGAAAGUGAUUCUUCGUCAGAUGAUGGAGAAGAGAGUAAAAAGCAGACAAAUGCUGCAAAGACUCUUAAGAAACAAACUAAAUCUCCUGCAGUAAAGAAGCCAGCAAAGGAAAGUAGUUCUGAAUCAGAAAGUGAUUCGGAUGAUAAUGCAGCACCUAGCAAACCUACUAAAUCUCUUGCGGUUAAAAAGCCAGCAAAGGAAAGCAGUAGUUCUGAGUCAGAAAGCGAUUCGGAUGAUAAUGCAGCACCUAGCAAACCAACUAAAUCUGCGGUUAAAAAGCCAGCAAAGGAAAGCAGUAGUUCUGAGUCAGAAAGCGAUUCGGAUGACGAAGCUGCGCCUAGCAAACCUACUAAAUCACCUGCAGCAAAGAAGCCAGCCAAGGAAAGCAGUAGUUCCGAAUCUGAAAGUGAUUCAGACGACGAAGCAGCACCCAGCAAACCAACUAAAUCUCCUGCAGUUAAGAAGCCAGCGAAGCAAAGCAGUAGUUCCGAGUCAGAAAGCGAUUCAGACGACGAAGCAGCACCUAGCAAACCAACUAAAUCUCCUGCAGUAAAGAAGCCAGCCAAGGAAAGUAGUUCUGAAUCAGAAAGCGAUUCAGACGACGAAGCAGCGCCUAGCAAACCAGCUAAAUCUCCUGCAGUAAAGAAGCCAGCCAAGGAAAGUAGUUCUGAAUCAGAAAGCGAUUCAGACGACGAAGCAGCGCCUAGCAAACCAGCUAAAUCUCCUGCAGUAAAGAAGCCAGCCAAGGAAAGCAGUAGUUCUGAAUCUGAAAGCGAUUCAUCAGAUGACGAAGCAGCACCUAGCAAGCCUAAGACCACAAAAGGAACGGUGAAUGGAUCUAACACCAUGAGGGUUAAUGGUGUAAAGCAUGGUGGUGAUUCCGAUAGUAGCGACAGCUCCGAAUCAGAAGACGAAAAGAAGCCUGUUCAGAAGAAACAAGUUUUAACGAAGCCGAAGAAGAGUCGUCAAUCUUCAAGCAGUGAAAGUGACAGUGAUGAGGAGGAGACGCAAAAGAAGAAACCUGUCACGAAAGGAACACCGGUCCAAGCCGUCAAGGCGGUACAGAAAACACCAAAUACAGUCCCAAAGAUGAAGAAGAAGAAGAGCCCAUCAUCGAGCAGUGAGAGUGAUAGUGACGAGGAGGAGAUGGAAACAAAGAAGCCUGAUGUGAAAGGAACACCAACCCAAGCCGUUGGUGAGAUUCAGAAAACACCGAAUACAGUCCCAAAGACAAAGAAGGGGAAGAAAGGGAACACACCAUUUCGCAGGGUGAAAGAAGAGGACCACGAGAUUGAUGAGCGUCUCAAAGACAACUCGUUUGAUGCCAAGAGGGGAGCCGUUGGUUGCUGGGGUGAGCGAGCUAACAGAGACUUGAAGGUCGUCAAAGGCAAGGCAUUCCGCCACGAGAAGACCAAGAAGAAGCGAGGAAGCUACCGAGGGGGGCAGAUCUCCACCACCGUCAACUCCAUCAAGUUUGACAGUGAUUGAAUGGUUGCCAUGGACACUGAUGAUCUGCAGGCGAAAUCUGCCUAAGUCAAGUUUCUUGGGAUCACAGACAUUUGUUUGACUUUCACGAAAUUGACUGAAGAUAUUUGAAUAAUGCAGGUUGUGCUUGAUCUGAAAAUGUGCAUGGACUAAAUAAUGCGAUUACUCAACUCAGGCAAACCCUACUACACAUUGGAACGUAUUGUGUUGGAUGAAAGCAUGACAAUUGUUUCCAUCAUUAAUUUGUUGGAAAUUAAUUCAGCCUCGAAGAGCCUAUAUUCACAAGUAUUAUUGGCAGCCCACUGAGAUACAUACAUGUACUUUGCCAGCAUGGGACAUUAUGAUGGCUCAAUUCAGUGUAAACUCCAAUGCCUUGAUAGAGUGUGAAAGUGUGAAGAGGCAGAGAUGGAUAUCAUUUUUGUGGACUGGGGGUGUUUGAUAUAGCCAUUUGCAAUUAGUGAUGACCCUUA